AUGUUUGCAGCUUUACAGUAUCACUCAACAGACUACUUAUAUGAGAGCACAGCAAGACAGAAGUUUUCCAUCUGGAGAUUAUCACUUUGCUUUCCUCCCUGUUUAUAUCAAGAUGAAAAAUAUCACCUCACAGGACUCUUCACCGAUGAUAAAUAUAGGAAGCCAUGGACUAGAGUUACUUCAACACAGAACAUGGUCACUAUUUCAGUAUUGGAUCAGUGGAAGAAAAGCUUACCUGUGGAGGAUUUCCUGGAAAAGAGACCUAUCUCUUCUGUAGAGCUCCAAAUUGGAAAUGAAUUAAUGGAAGUUAUUCCAAGUUCAAAUCCCUGCUCUCAGACUGACAUAGAAGAACCCCUUUUACUUAUGAAUAAAGUUUUUAAGGAAGAAUCCACUCAAGAAAAAUAUUUGAAGAUUUACCAUGUCACUGAAUUUAAAGAACCAUGGCAAGAUUUAUAUUUGGAAGAGGAAUUUUCUUUUAUUGAUAAUCUUGAAAAUUUUCGUAAAAACCUACCAACUUUAUCUGUACUUCUGAGCAGACUACAGUUUUUUUUAGUGAAAGAUCCCUUUUUAGAUUCUGAAGGACAGAUUUUAACAGAAGAGAACAUUUUCAGAGAAUGUUUGAUUUUCCAAAAUGAAAUGAAGAUGGAAGAGAGUAAAAAUGAAUUGCAGGAGAUUAAAGAGAACUUCUGUACCAUACCUAUAAAAGAGGAAGAGUAUUUCAUGUUGCCCAUUGAGUUAGAAUUCAACAAACUCAGCAAUGGCAGAUCUGAUUCUGCUAAGAUUCCAUCAUACUUGGAACUGAAAGAGUUGUUAAAUUUAGCCUCAGACACUAUGGCUGAUGAAGAUCUCUGCAAAGAAGUGAUCAAAGAACAUCUCAAAGCAGAAAUUGCACACCAAGUAGAAAUUUCCAAGUACUGUCCUAUUCCACAAGAGGUUUGCUCCAGUAACAGCACAAGUAUGCUGGAAUUCUGUGAGUCAGCUGAAUAUAUUCCAUAUUUGAAAGAUGAAAUGGAAGUGCCUUUAACUCCUCCAUGCAGACAACAAAGUUCAUGGUUUAAUUUUCUGUGCAGAGGACUUCAGGAAGAACUUCUUCCUCUCUCUGGUAACAGUAUUUUGGUUACAGGGCCCUCUAGGGAAUACUUAGAAUCUUUGGUAUGGCAGUCAGAGAAGUAUCGGGAUAAUAUGAGCUCUCUUUUGCUUGUCGAGCAUCAAGCUGUUAACCUUGUGCCUCAGCAUCAUUCACUGACAGAACUGCAGGAAAUGCUACCAGUUGAGAUAGAAGCACCAAUGCUUAGCUCACUAGAGAAGGGCUGGUGGCUUCAUCUGGGUUUAAAUCUAGCAGCCACAGAAAUUUUGGAGCAAUUACAUAUGGAUGACAGUAAUGCAAACAGUUUGAUUCCUACAGAAAUAGAAAAAUUCACACGAUUUACAUCAUAUCAGCUGGAAAAAUGGCUUGAAGAGAAUUCUGUGACAAACCAAGAGCUGCUUUCUGAUGAAAGACAUCAGCUGGACAAAGUAGUAAAUCCUGACUUGUCACUGCAGACUCAAAGGCAGUACUUUGGCCUGCCUAUGAGUGAUGCGUCAUCUCCCAAAAUUCACAGCACAAAUACAUCUGGGGGAGAGGUUACUGGAGGGAUCAACAGGAAAAUAAAGGCAGAAGAGGCAAUUUGUUUCUUAAACCAAGAAAAGAAAACUACCAAACCACCUGAAUCAGUCAGCUGUAAAGAUGUAUCCUCUAAAGUAGACAGCUCAUGCUGUAGUGAAAAGCCUAGGUCACUUGCACUGGCUACAAAAUGGGACAACGAUGAUUCUGAUCUGAACAACUUUAUCAUGAUGAGAUCCAAACAUACACUGAGACAAACAGAGGAAAAAAAUUAUAUAGACAGACCUGAAAAGGUGCUACAAUCUGAAGAAAAACAUAUGCGUGUUCACAAAGAGGAUGAUUCUGUUUGUGAAAUUGUAAAAACAGAGGAAAAAACCCAAGAGAAUGAAGAUGGUAUCACGGUCAAUAUUCAAGCAUCAGAAAGCCAAUGCCAGACAUACUGCCUCUUGGAAGAUGCAGCCAUUCCUGUACUAAAAGAUUUGACACGUCUGGGUGUACUUGCUUCUGUAAAUUGGAGCUUUGACAGUGUUAAAUUUGAUCAUACAAGGUUUUUCUUAAAACAGCAAGAAAAAGUAGUAUGCGAUAAUUUUGAACAAGGUAAAAUAGAUGAGAAGGAGAUCAUGCUGUUCAGACAUGCUGCUCUGGUACACCUGCUGGUGACAGUUCGAGAUCUGCUCUUGUCAUGUGGCUUGGACACAGCAUUAGGUUAUUUGUCCAAGGCAAAGGAUAUCUAUAAAAACAUCUUAGAAUCCUGUUUGAAUAACAUCUGGAGGCAGUUGAAGAUUGUACAGUACAGCAGCCAGAAAAAGCAUGAAACAAAUCCCAAAAUAACAGCCCUUCAGUGUGAAAUGUUAAAUUGGAUGAAAAGUUACGGAGAGAAACACAGUGUUAAGUCUGGAGAGAUCCCAGCUAAUUGGAAGCUGGCAAAUGUUGUCCCAGUUUUCAAGAACGGAAAGAAGGAAGCCCCUGAGUUUCUUCUGCUUGUCUUCUUACAGAUACUAAUCAUUAUAAGAAUGGACUCGGAAAGAGAAAAAGCAACUCUUAUUCACAUGUUAUCUAGGGUAGAAGGUUUAAAAGCUGUGGAUUUGAAUUCUGAGAAAAAAGGAACCCUUUUAGCUUGUAAAGAUAUCAUAAGCAACCUUAAUAGAUAUUCCUGCAUUAUUGUACAUAAUCAGCAAAUUGGAGCUGACUUCCCUUGGACACACUUUUCAUUAGUAAUGGAAUAUGAUUAUUCUGAAGAUUCUUGCUGGAGAAGUCUGUGCAAAAAUCUGAAUGUUGCUUACAUGACUUUUAAAACUACCCUCCCUGAAGCAAUACAAAUGGGGAAUCACAGCGAUUCUUUUCUUCUGGAAGUACAGAUUCCGUAUGUAUUUCUGACAACUGAAGGCCUUCUUAAUAUGCCAGAUAUUCUUCAGCUUUUUGAAUCCAAGUACAGCAUUACUUUUGUUGAAAGAACCAGUAGUUACUCCUUAAGGCUCUUUGGAAGUGUAGAUCGAUAUGUGGUGUUGACAAUAGAUGAAUGUACUGCUAUCUUUUUGCAGAGUGUGGAAGAAUUAAAUUAUGAGAAUUCCUGUGACACUUUAAUAUCAAGGCUGAUAGCAUUAUCACUCCAAUACACAUGCUGUUGGAUUGUUUUCUAUUCCAGAGAAAGAUUGAGUUCAGAGUACAGUCUCAAGGGAGAUAUUCUACUUAACCUUGUCUUAUUUUAUGCCACUCUAAUUGAGCUUACACAGAAGUCAGAAGAGUUUGAAGUGAAGGUAGUUCUUAUGCCGGGGAUCGAAGAGACAGCACUGGUAAUUCGUCAGAUUGCUGACAACAUUUUGAUAACAUCUAAUGUCAGUCCUCAUGAGUGGCUGGACAAAUCCUGGCUUUCUGUCUUGCCAUCUGAGACAGAGAAAUGCCUGCUUACUUUUCCAUAUAUCAACCCUCUGGUUGCUCAGUUUAUGUUAAAGAAGGGAUCUUCAUUGAACAGGUUGUUUCUUGCAAGCUUUAAUCAACUGCAGGAACUUCUACCAGAGGUUCCAAAAAAAGUUUUAAAGCAUUUUAGUGACAUGAUGUCUUCAUACAACCUAAAUGCUGCUCCACUAGAAAAAACAGUGCAAGGUGAAUCACAGCCAGAAAAACAGAAUAACCUCAACACAAUCUGUCCUGAUUAUAAACAAAAUCAGACUUUAGAUCUGCUUGAUAAGGCCCUAAACAGCACAGGAGCAGCUCAUAUGGAUUCUGAAGCCUUAAUUCCUCCACUGAAACUCUGUAAGGGUUUUUUUAAGUCUGAUCUUCCAAGCUGUAUGCAAAAGAAUGCGUGUUCUUCAGAUGUAAUUACAAGGAGGAAGCAGAGUUUCUUUGCUGUAUCAAAGGGCUAUGAAGAUUUUGCCCAUCUAGAUGUUCCAAAUUCUGUUCGUGUUCAAAGACAGCCAUUCAGGAUACAUGAUGGCUCUGAUCCUUCUUCUAAAGACUCUGAAAAAGAGGAUUUCAUUGCAACUUUCAACAUCUGUGAACCUCAGGAGAGCUCUAGGAGUUUUCUAGAAGAAUUUAGAGAUACAUUCAAAAGCCCUGAAAUUCAGAUUGACCAGGCCCCAUGGAAUGACUCCUCCUCCACAGGCCUGUGUAAUUCAUUCACAUGUGAUGGUUUCCUCUCUGACUUCUUUGUUGACACGGAUGAGCUUCAAAAUCUGAAUUUUAACCAAACAGGUAGAGAAUCUAAAGGCAAGAGAAAAAAAAGGCCUCCAUUCUUACGGGCAAAAGAAAAAAAUAAAACAGAUUCAGGAUUUCCAGAAGUAGCAGAGUUCAAAAAAAAGAGAUUGACAUAUGAAAGAGUUCCUGGAAGAAGUGAUGGACAAACACGUCUUAAAUUCUUUUGA